AUGAAAGGACGACUCCUCUUUCUGGAUUCAUCUACUAGUUUCGUUCAUCGACCAUCUCAGCUACUGUUUCCACUCGCUUUUCUAAUGCUCCUCUUCCCAUCGUCGCUCGUGGUCGUUACAUCGGAGCCCGUCACGGAACCCAACACUCCAUUGACUUUUAGUGAAAGCAGCUAUUAUAGUCGGAAAAAACCGAGUGCCGAAUACCUGGCUGAUAUGAAACCGACUUCGGUAGCUGAUCUUAUGGAAAAUUACAAUUUCGAACAAGCCAACAAUCCGUCAACGUCGCAACUACCUUCGGCUAGUGACGAGACGUUCAUUACGCGCCAAAAUGAUGUUCAUCAUCACCACCAACAGACGGACAUUCCGCUCCAGUUGAGCGACAUUUUACCACCCGACCGUCGCUCCUACGACAAAAUGGAACCCCCAAAAAGAAAUGGAAAACCGACGAUAGUUUUCUUCCAUGUAACAGUGAUGAGCCUGGAUUCUAUCGACGAGAGCUCGAUGACGUUUGCGGCCGACAUCUUCUUCUCACAGACGUGGCAGGAUUAUCGACUGCGCUUCCCUGACAACCUGACGGCCGACUACCGGUUGUUGCCCACCUCUUGGCUCAAUUCCAUGUGGCGGCCCGAUUCUUUCUUCAAAAACGCUAAAAAGGUCACCUUCCAGGACGUCACGAUUCCAAACCACUACAUUUGGCUCUACAAGGAUAAAAGUAUCCUCUACAUGGUCAAGUUGACGUUGAUUCUCUCGUGCUCCAUGAAUUUCCAUCUCUACCCACAUGACACCCAACAGUGCACUAUGAAGAUUGAAAGCCUUUCGCACACGACGGACGAUUUAGUUUUCAAUUGGGAAUUGAAAACGCCUUUAGUCGUCGACGACCGCAUCGAACUGCCGCAACUGGACCUCGUCAAUUCAGCAAUUGGCGACUGCCUUCAAGUGUAUUCCACCGGUAAUUUUACAUGCCUGGAGGUAAUCCUUUCCUUCCGGCGCCGAUUGGGAUACUAUCUCUUCCACACGUACAUCCCUACAUGCCUGAUCGUCGUCAUGUCGUGGAUCUCAUUCUGGAUCCGACCGGAAGCCGUACCUGCCAGAGUGACGCUCGGAGUCACUUCAUUGCUCACGUUACACACGCAGCACGCCAAUUCGCAGAAAGCUCUCCCGCCCGUCUCCUACAUCAAGGCCAUCGACGUGUUCAUGUCCGGCUGUACUGUUUUCGUCUUCAUGUCAUUGAUGGAGUACGCGCUAGUCAACAUUCUGAUGGGCGAUGUUGUCGACGGCGAAGAGAGCGCCCUCAAGAAAGGCAUGAAGUCCAUGUUUAUGACAUCCGGCGGCACAAACAGGGGCGGAUCGUCUCGAGUGCCAACGACGACCAGUCAACAAUUGAUGGAAAUCCAACCGCAUUGCAUGCUGAAGAAUCCCGCAGCGCAGCCGUCAGCGUCGAUGCAACGAUCGAAGAGUAUGGUGGCACCAUCGGUGAGUUGUUACAGACCGCAACAACAGCAGACGAGAUGCUCUAGCAGCCGACAGCAUCACGCUGUGGAAAUCCAUCAUCCGGACGAUGAGAGCGGAUCGUUGGCGGGCAGGUUAGCUGGCAGAUCGCCUUCGUACGCUGAACAACGACGAGAACAACAAACAAUCAUUCCGGCGGCAGUUUCUUCUCGGCAUGCUUGCCGUCAGCAAGUGCAAGAGACGAGCCUCCAAUUGAGUCAACAAUUGAACGCCAUUUUGCCGUCGGCGGAGGAUUGUCCAAUUUCGCCACAAACACCGUCCAUCUCCACCGCUGUCCAGCGUAAAAAAAGCAACACAAUUGGACAUCCAGUGACAACGGAGAACGGUCGGCUGCCUCUCAUUUCUUCCCUCCAUUCCGCUGGAAAAACGACGGACCACGGUGGUAAUCAUUCUAGGGCGGCCAGCCCUCCAGCAACGCCAGGACGUCGGGCACAGCACCAGGCGCACAUUCACGGCCAUCAAUUUCAGAGCCCCAAUAGCCCGAUGAGCUCGCUCAAUCUCGCGCAAUUGCGACGGGCCAGAGCUAUUGCCGUCGAUCGGAUUUCCCGCACCUGCUUCCCGCUCAGUUUCUUCCUCCUCAAUGUUAUCUAUUGGGCAGUUUUCCUCAAUAGUGGAGACGAUCUCAACCUUCCCUCUCAAAGCGCCGGCCAGCCCUGAAUUGCAAUUUAAAAAGAAAAAAAGAUUUUUUUGAAUGAAUUCUUAAUAUGCAUAACAUUUUAACGCAGUUACUAUUACAUUUUUUAAAAAUUUGCAUAAUUUAUCAUAUAAGACAAUAGUAGUCUACUAUGUUACUAUUAUUAAUUUUAAUUCUAUUUACACCCACACACACGUAUAACAUCACAAUUUGCAAAAUAGGGAUUUUAUACUCACAUCUAUAUUUACAUACAUACUAUAGUCGAAAAUGUUCCUUUUCGCCACCUAUAGACAGAAUUUGACCCUUUUUUAUUGCUGCCCAUUUUGUACAUACUCACCGAUCUUCCACAUUCACCAUCCUCCCAUCUGCAUAACGUGAUUGAGUUUAUUUUCAAUUUUCCUCAUACUUUGACACCAAUCGCGUACACUUGUGCUGCCAAGGGUCUAAAAUUUGUUCCCGAUUUAAAAAAAACGAAGAAAAUGGCACCACUUUCUUAUUACUACAAUUGAAAGAUGAUAAUACCAACAAAAAAAAGAAAAAUAGACAAAAUGGAACAAUAUAUUAAAUAAAAUCUACAGCGUUUGAUUCUAAUUGAA